AUGCCGGUUCCCGCAUCUCAGAGCCAAAACCGGACAGAACAGUCUCAUGGCCAGAAUGGCGCUUUGAGCCAGUUAAUUAAUCGCUACCGGCCAGACUUAAAGCCCUUUGAGGGCAUUUACCGCCGCCUUCACAAACAGCCCGAGCUAUCCGGGCAAGAAGAACAAACGGCCAGCAAAGCGGCCGAGCACUUGAGAAGCCUAGACUUCGAAGUUUAUACCGAUAUUGGUGGUCAUGGGGUAGCCGGUGUCCUUCAAAAUGGCGAUGGGCCAACAGUUCUAUUACGCGCGGAUAUGGAUGCGUUGCCACUAGAAGAGAGAACCGGACUACCAUAUGCCAGCACACAAUGGGUCAAUGGCCCGAAUGGGAAAAGUACACCCGUCUCACAUGCAUGCGGACAUGACUCGCAUGUCACGGCACUCAUGGCGGCUGCGAUGCUCCUGCAUGCCGCGCGCGAACAAUGGGGCGGCACGCUGAUCUGCAUUUUCCAGCCGUCCGAGGAACAUCUAAAUGGGGCUCGUGCAAUGCUCGAUGAUGGACUUUACGACAAAAUUCCCAAGCCGGAUGUUGUCUUGGCUCAGCACGUUAUGAGGAUGAGAGCUGGCACUGUGUGUUUGAAAUCCGAGUCGCUUCUUACAGCAGCGGACUCUUUCGAUGUGCGUGUUUUCGGACGGGGAGGGCAUGGCUCGGCGCCUCAGACUACUAUUGAUCCAAUCGUUAUUGGCGCAUCCAUUGUUAUGCGUCUCCAGACUAUUGUCUCGCGCGAAGUUACUCCUGGCGAGCUGGCGGUCGUUUCAUGUGGCAGCAUCAGUGCUGGACAUGGUCCGAACAUUAUUCCCGAUCACCUUGACUUGCAGUUAAAUGUGCGAACACUCGAUGCUGGGGUACGCAAGCGUGUUUGCGCUGCUAUUCACCGCAUUAUUGAGGCGGAGUGCUCGUCUGCUGGUGCUGUUGAGAAGCCAAAGAUUACAAAAACGUACUCGUCACCGGCCACCGUCAAUGAUGAAGAUACCGUCGAAGCUCUUCGUGCGACAUUCGAGCCGCAUUUCAAAGAUAACAUGGCUGAUAUGGAGCGCCCGACUGCUAGCGAGGACUUUUCGCUCCUGGCGACGGCUGUCGGUGCACCCUACGUCAUGUGGAUGUUUGGUGGUAUCGAUGCGGAGACUUGGGAUGAGGCUGUUGCUAAUGACAAGGUGAAUGAAUUGCCCAGCAAUCAUUCUCCCUAUUUUGCACCUGCAAUUCAGCCUACACUGCAGACAGGCGUGGAUGCUCUGGCCCUCGGCGCUUUGACAUUCUUCAGUGCGAAAUGA